AUGGUUGACUGCACAAAAUUCAGUGUGACCCGGGGGCCUCGGUCAACCGCAACGUUUGUCAACCCCACCGCACUACUCUAGAUGAGGGUGAUGAACUGGGUAGUAUGAUAAACCUUGAAAUGCAGUGGAUUGGAAUCUCAUCAAAACUUUCAGUGCCGAAAUCUGUUCUUGCAUUAA